AAAUGCAAUAUGCUUAUACGGAGGAAUGUGAGCCAUCAGAUUGGAGACGGUUAAAGACGACCACCAUACGAUCAAAAUUCAAGAAAUUGCUCGCCGCUAGUUUUAGAUAUUUUCGUUGGUUUCGCGGAGGCUGGUGCAGGAGCCAGGGGGAAGAGGAAUUUGAGAAAUCAGGGACGAAUUUCCAGACAAUUCCAACACAUACAAGCUACAGUUACUGAUUUGUGGGUUUAUUAUUGGAAAUCGGCUAGAAAUGGAAGAAGUUGCGGUCAACAGUCGAGGUGAAAUGGAAUUGGAAGUUGAAGAAACAGAGAUUGCUCGCGCGGCUGAGACGAACAAUAAUUCGAAGAAGAUUGUGGCGGAAGGGGAUUCUUCAAUUGUGAGCUGGGAGAGGUUUCUUCCGAAAGUGGUGGUGAGAGUGCUGUUGGUGGAGGCUGAUGAUUCGACCAGGCAGAUCAUCUCCGCUCUUCUCAGGAAAUGCAGCUACAGAGUGGCUGCAGUUCCCGACGGAUUAAAGGCGUGGGAGUUGCUGAAAGUAAGGCCGCACAACAUAGAUCUUAUAUUGACAGAAGUUGAAUUGCCGGCAAUCUCUGGAUAUGCACUUCUCACUUUGAUUAUGGAGCACCAAAUCUGCAAAAACAUUCCAGUAAUAAUGAUGUCCUCACAUGAUUCGGUGAGUACUGUUUACAAAUGCAUGCUGAGAGGAGCAGCUGACUUUCUUGUUAAGCCGGUCAGGAAGAAUGAGCUGAGGAACUUGUGGCAACAUGUCUGGCGGAAACAAGUUUCGAAUACUGGCGCUGGUCUUGGUCCGCCAUUGGAGGGUGUAGCUCAAGAAAAAGAUGAAGCAACUGCUGAGAACAAUGAUGGUAGCAACAAUCAAUCCAGUGGAUGUAAGUCAUCCAGUCAGAGAAAUAAGGAAUACAUUGAGAAAGGAAGUGAUGCUCAGAGCUCGUGCACAAAGCCAGAGCUGGAGACUGAAAAAGAAGACACUGAUAAUGCCCAGCACAUCUUGCUGCCAAUGAGUGUUCAUAAUUUGGCAGACGAUGUUAAAAUUCCUGCGCAAGAAGAUCGUCACCAAGAAAGUAGAAAGAGACAUAUGGAAGAUGAUGAGAAUGGAGAUUUGCAGCCAAUGCAGAAGGUAUUUUCUAAUUACACCGCAGCAACACAAUCAGCUGAGAAGUCGCGCGUUAACAUGGAUAGUAAUAGUAAUCAUGUUGUUGAGAAUUCUUCGAGAGGAGCCAUUGACUUAAUUGGUGUUCUGGACAAUCAGCACAGAGGUACAUUUGGAAGUCCUCAGGCCAAUUUUGCUACAAAAAGUUUCGAAGGUUCUCCUCUGUUGGAUCUUUCUUUGAGAAGAUCAAAUCCCAGUGGUUCUGUGAAUCAACAAGAUGAUGACAUGCAUAAGCUCAAUCACUCGGACGCAUCGCCAUUUUCAAGGUAUAUAAGCAAGCCAUUGCAGCAUCACAGCUCCAUGUCUCCUCGGACCUGUAAUCAACAAAAGGGACACGACGCUCAUGGCCCGUCAAUAAGCUCUAUGGCCUCAAUUCUUGAAGAGCAGCCGGAAAAUGCAUUCUCAUACUCUCAAACUAGAGAAAUAUCUCACCCAGUUCCAAUCAGAGGAGCGAGACUCGAAAACUUGACGAAUGCCCGUGGUUCUGCAGUAGCUUCAGUGUGUAGCAGACAACAGGGCCACUCAUCAUCGCCAAGCCCUGGUGCAGCUCAACAUUCAGAUUCUUUUUCACGACUGAAAUCACAUCCAUUUGACAGCCAGCCCUCAACUUCUCAUCAAUUUCAUAGCGUGGUGGAUCAUCACAAUAUCAAUAUUUCCAUCGAGCAGACAGACAGCAAGCAGUGCAAAAAACUAGAAAUACCGGAGGGUCAGGGGCAUGCUGCUGCACCUGCAAAUGAUCAAAGCACUAAUACUGGUUUCUGUAAUGGCAGUGCAAGUAAUAUUCAGAGUGCGGGGUCGGGAAGCAUUGGAAACUUCAAUGCAAUUUCAAUCACAAAAGCCCCUCUAGAAUGCGGCAGUGAAGAAGGAUCUUCUCAUCGAUCCAUUCAAAGAGAAGCAGCUCUUACAAAAUUUCGGCAGAAGAGGAAAGACAGAUGCUUCGAGAAGAAGGUGAGAUAUGAAAGUCGGAAAAAGUUGGCUGAGCAGCGCCCUCGCGUGAAGGGGCAGUUUGUUCGCCAAGCACCCAAUGAUACCCAACCCGGGAGUUAAUCGGUUGGUUAGCUCCUCCAUGUGAUCCUGUAAGAAGUGCAUACACGAACAAAUUUUGCGGUAAAGUAAAUUAGACUGAUCAGUUAGCUUCUGAUUUCCUGUAUUCUUUAGUUUGUUGUUAACUCUUAGAGAACACAGGUAGUUUGUUGCUCAUCUGUUCGAUGAUUCUAACACCGAUAUAGAGUGUCUGAAUCACUCACUGCACAGCUGUUUUAUAUAUAUGCUUCGUUUGUAUAUUUUUGUUUCUUUGUAAAACAUAUAUAUAUACCUACACAUGUUCUUGUUGCUGCUAUCA